UACAGAAACAGCUAGUUAGGUGACUCGUGCUACCUUCUUCUCCAUUUUCUUCUUCUGAGUGAGAACCGACAAGUGAUCUUCAAGCUUUAUCGAAGUAGCUAGCAGUUGCAAUCAUGACUGGCGGGGGUUUCGCCGGUUCGGCGACAGCCGGUGUUGAGUUUGAAGCUCGGAUUACACCGAUCGUUAUCAUUUCAUGUAUAAUGGCUGCCACCGGUGGUCUAAUGUUCGGCUACGACGUUGGAGUUUCAGGUGGUGUUACAUCAAUGGAUCCUUUCUUGAAAAAAUUCUUCCCAGUUGUGUACCGAAAAACACAAGACAAAAACAUUGACAGCAAUUACUGCAAAUACGAUAAUCAAGGACUGCAGUUGUUUACUUCAUCUCUAUACCUUGCUGGCUUGAUAGCGACCUUCUUUGCGUCUUACACUACAAGAAGGCUCGGCCGGAGGCUCACUAUGCUUAUCGCCGGAAUCUUUUUCUUAGCUGGUGUCGCCCUAAACGCAGCAGCGCAGGACCUCGCAAUGCUGAUCAUAGGAAGGAUCCUUCUUGGGUGUGGGGUCGGUUUUGCUAAUCAGGCGGUCCCUUUGUUUCUAUCAGAGAUAGCACCUACAAGAAUACGUGGAGCAUUAAAUAUACUUUUUCAACUAAAUGUCACCAUCGGGAUUCUCUUUGCCAAUCUUAUCAAUUACGGAACCAACAAAAUCAAAGGCGAUUAUGGUUGGAGGAUAUCAUUGGGGUUAGCUGGAGUCCCAGCACUUCUCCUAACUGUUGGAGCCCUCCUUGUGGUCGACACUCCUAACAGUCUCAUAGAGCGUGGUCGCUUGGAAGAAGGUAAGGCAGUCCUCAGAAAGAUUCGUGGCACUGACAACAUUGAACCUGAAUUCCUUGAACUCGUCGAGGCCAGUCGUGUUGCCAAACAAGUCAAACACCCUUUCAGAAACCUCCUCAAGCGUAGGAAUCGUCCUCAACUUAUCAUCGCAAUGGCUUUACAGGUCUUCCAACAAUUCACGGGCAUCAAUGCGAUCAUGUUCUACGCUCCCGUGCUAUUCGACACACUAGGUUUCGGUAAUGAUGCAUCCUUGUACUCUUCAGUUAUCACAGGAGCCGUCAAUGUCUUGGCUACUAUCGUCUCCAUCUACUCCGUCGAUAAGUUGGGUCGUCGUGUACUAUUACUAGAAGCUGGUGUUCAGAUGUUCAUCUCGCAGGUGCUCAUAGCAAUAAUAUUAGGGAUCAAAGUCACAGACCACUCAGACAACCUUGGUAAAGUCUACGCAAUUCUGGUAGUGGUGUUGAUUUGUACCUACGUCUCUUCGUUUGCUUGGUCAUGGGGUCCACUUGGAUGGUUGAUACCUAGUGAGACAUUUCCAUUGGAGACACGUUCAGCUGGACAGAGUAUUACAGUUUGCGUCAACCUUCUCUUCACCUUUGUGAUUGCACAGGCUUUCCUUUCCAUGCUUUGUCACUUCAAGUAUGGGAUUUUCUUGUUCUUCUCUGGAUGGGUACUUAUCAUGUCGUUCUUCGUGUUAUUCCUUGUUCCUGAGACUAAAAAUAUCCCAAUUGAAGAAAUGACUGAAAGAGUUUGGAAACAACACUGGCUCUGGAAGAGAUUCAUGGAGGAUGACAAUUACAUUGCAGAUUUAAAUGGUGACACAAAGAAAGAUGGAAAAAGUUAUGGAUUUGAUCCUUCUUCCCAGUUGUAA